CUAUCUCUUCCUAUAUCAAUUAGCAAGUGAAAAAUCAAUAGUCACAUGAGUUUUUCUUGCUUCAUCAUUCUCAACCGACACCACAAAAUAUUAGAGACAUGAAAGAAAGACUUUGAAAAUGGGAAGCACAAACCCUUUCAAUGAUAAUCCUCCUUCCAUCAUUAGGAGAAUUUUUCAUUUGAUUCUCUAUGCUUUGCUUCCCAUAUCCCUUCUUUGUUUAUAUUUUAACCUUUUCUACCUUGUUACCCCUUCUUCACCAACUCACUUUCUUCAUUCUACAACUAUUUCAACCUAUCAUUCCUCUAUCUCUUCUUCUCAUCAUUCAACUUCUUCUAUAGCUAAGAACAAGACUUAUGCUUAUAAGAACUCAUGUGACUAUUCAAAUGGAGAUUGGAUUAGUGACAUGAGAGGCCCAUUAUACAAUGUCACAACAUGUGGGACAAUCAAAGAGAGUGAGAAAUGCAUUACCAAUGGAAGGCCUGAUUUAGGCUAUCUUUAUUGGAGAUGGAAACCAAAUCAAUGCAAUCUUCCAAGGUUUGAACCAAACACUUUCCUCAAACUCAUUAAGAACAAACACAUAGCUUUUGUUGGUGAUUCUUUAGCUAGGAAUCAAUUAGAGUCACUUCUUUGCAUGUUAUCAACUACUUCAACACCUUAUCUUGUUUACCAAAAUGGGAAGGACAAAAAAUUUCGUAGGUGGCACUUUCCAUCUCACAAUGCAAAUUUUUCUUUGUAUUGGUCCCCAUUUCUAGUGCAUGGUGUUGAAAGAACAAAUGAAGGGCAAUAUUAUAAUACAAUGUUUUUGGAUAUUGUUAAUGAGAAGUGGGCUAAGGAUAUUAAUCAAAUGGAUUUGAUUGUAAUAUCAAUUGGUCAUUGGUUUUUGUUACCUUCAAUUUAUUAUGAGAAUGAUUUAGUUAUUGGUAGCUUGAAUUGUCCUGAAUUUAAUCAUACUCAAAUGGAUUUUUAUGUUCCAUUAAGAAAGGCUUUAAGGACUACCCUUAAUAGCAUAAUUGAGAGGAAACAAGAUAAAGGGAGUGGAAUUGAUGUGAUUGUGAAAACAUUUUCACCAGCUCAUUUUGAAGGUGAUUGGAAUAAGGCAGGUACUUGUUCAAAGACUAAGCCUUAUAGAAAAGAAGAGAAGAUAGUUGAAGGAAUGGAUAGUGAAAUUAGAAAGAUUGAGAUUGAAGAAGUGGAAAGUGCUAAGUUGAAAGCUAAUGAAUUUGGAGGGAUUAGAUUUGAGGUUUUGGAUGUAACUAAAUUAGCAUUGUUGAGACCAGAUGGUCAUCCAGGUGCUUAUAUGAAUUACUUUCCAUUCGCAAAAGGGGUUUCAAAAUAUGUGCAAAAUGAUUGUGUUCAUUGGUGUUUGCCGGGACCUAUUGAUACUUGGAAUGAGAUAUUUUUAGAGAUUAUGAAGAAGAGGGAGGUGCAAUGAUACUUUUAACAUACUAUUAUAUCAAACAUUCUAUCAUGAAGAUGAUGGAUAUUGCAUUAUAAAUAAAAGGGCAUUUUUGUAAUUAGGAUAUUAUUUUCCUUUGUGUUAUGUGUUUUAUAUUUAA